AUUUAAAGAAGAAAAAACAUGGCGGACAGCCACUAGCUCAAUCCACAUAAAACAAUACACAAACAUUUCAAAGCAAGGUAAACAGACGUAUAUAUUGUUUACACGCUAUCCUCUUUUUAACAAACACAUUUUUUAGCUGGUAAUUUAGCUAGCAUUUAUUGAUGCUGAUGUAUUUAUAAUCAGGCCAACGAUAGAUAGCUAACAUAAAGUCUUCCCGUUAGCAUGCUGUGUCGACGGAGCUAGCUAUCUGUUGGAGCUAGCUAUCUGUUCGAGCAUGCCCAUGUUAUUGGCUUGGAGGAAAAAGGAGGGAGCUGGUCGACUUCCCCUUGACGCAAUGAAAAAGGCGCACUUCUUUUGAGAGAACCAACUGAUUACACGUUUGAAGACUGUUAUGAUCUUUUAAGUGAGCCCUGAGUGUGUUUGGGUGGGUGACUGAGGUCUGCUGACAGCUGGGGCCACCUCUUUGUUGUACCCUGUCGUCUGCCUCCAACGCCAACCCCCCUGCCUGGCUGACAGAAGGGGAGAGCGUUAAGCGCGAAUCCGUGGGGAAGUCAACCUGAGCAUCCACAAAUUAAAGAGUGGACUAUUGUGUCUUGAACUUAGUCAGUAUUACUGGAGCAUGAAGAAGCCAGUGGCACAAAAAGCUGUUGAGUGGAGAGAUGGCAGGCGGAUCAAGCAUGCCCGAAGUGGCCGUCCCUCCCGGGUCCCAUCGCAGUACCAAGGAGGGCACUUCAGUUGGGACAAAUACCUGAAGGAAACAGGUGCUAGUGCUGCACCUGCCCACUGCUUCAGACAGGGUGCAACACCUCCAGUGAAUGAGUUCAAGGUGGGCAUGAAGCUGGAGGCGCAGGACCCUCGGAAUACAACGUCAACCUGCAUUGCUACAGUGGUGGGCCUGACGGGAUCGCGGCUGCGUCUGCGCCUUGACGGCUCCGACAACAAGAAUGACUUCUGGCGCCUGGUGGACUCGUCUGAAAUCCAGCCUAUCGGCAACUGCGAGAAGAACACGGGCAUGCUGCAGCCGCCAUUGGGCUUCCGUCUGAACGCAUCCUCCUGGCCCAUGUUCCUUCUAAAAACACUCAACGGAGCCGAAAUGGCCCCAGCACGCAUCUUUCACAAGCAGGAGCCCCCGGUCCCAGAGCAGAACUCCUUCCAGGUGGGCAUGAAGCUGGAGGCAGUGGACCGCAAGAACCCCCACUUCAUCUGCCCGGCCACGGUGGGGGCGCUGCGUGGCGUGGAGGUGCUCGUCACCUUCGACGGCUGGCGGGGUGCUUUCGACUACUACUGCCGCUACGACUCCCGGGACAUCUUCCCCGUGGGCUGGUGCUCUCUCACCGGGGACAACCUGCAGCCGCCCGGCACCAAAGAUUCACGACAGAAACUGGAUUUCAGACGUCAAUCGAGGACUGCCUGCGUAUCAAAAUCACAGCUCACCCACCAUCAACAAGAUCGUGUCCGAGGACAGUGCUACCCAAGACCCUCGGUUGCCUUUCAGACGGUAGCGAGGGAACAGCCAUGCACCCCAUGCCAGGACAGCCGCUGCAACGGGGACGCAAGCCACUGCAGGAAAGCCAAGCGACAAGGCCCUGGGCCAGAAGGGGCCGGUAGGACCACAGGCCCCCCCCCGGAAAGGGACUGGAGCCUAUCAAGUCCCAAGAAGAGAGGCCCCAAAACCGGGGAGAAGUACAGACCAAGGACCCGGGUUGGGGAGGUUGGCUGGGCGAAGAGAGAAUGGCUGGCGAAGGGUGCCAGGCAGGCCGAGGACCUGUGUCCCGGCCCAGAGAGGCCGCCACCAACUGGGCCCAGAGGAUGGCAUUGCAGGAGGGACAAGUGGAGUCUAUCAAUCCCCAAAAGAGAGGGCCCAAGCCCGGCAGCAAGUAUGGGAAGGUGGGACCCCACUUGGAUGGGCGGCGUGCAGCAGCUGCCCGACCACUUUGGUCCAGGCCGGGCUUCCUCGGGCUACAGCAGUGUGUCCAGGCCUGUGUGGACGGUGCCCACAACCAGAGCUCUGUCUUCUCCUGCCUCAAGCCAGGUCACGGAGGAGAGGUUCAUAUCAGCCAGCCCAUCCCAGAGGGGGCUGCAUUACGACAGCCACGCCUACCCAGAAAGGAGAAGUUUUAGGGAGGGCCUCACAACGGGUCCAGGAAGAGGCUCCAAGCGGUUCCUUCAAGAAUCGUACUACAGCCCCCUCCCCCACAAGCUGGCCAAAAACCUCUGCCUCUCCUCGGAAGGUGAGCCCUUCCUCAUGGAGAAUGGUGUAGGGGGGUCGGAGCACUUAAAGAAGAGCCCCCUGUCCCCGGGCUUGACAGGGCAGCCUCUGGGCCUGCGGUUCCCCACCAAGUUGCUACAUCUCAACUCUUCAGGCUCUGAGCGUUUCAGAGAGAGCCCCCGGCCCAGUGGCCAGGACCCCAACCUGUGGACGGUAGAGGACGUCAUGCAGUUCAUCAGAGACAUAGACCCCCUACUGGCCCCCCACGCAGAUCUCUUCAGAAAACACGAGAUUGAUGGCAAAGCCCUCCUGUUACUACGCAGCGACAUGAUGAUGAAAUACAUGGGCUUGAAGCUCGGGCCUGCCCUCAAACUCACAUUCCACAUCGACAGGUUCAAACAUGGACGCCCUUAUUGAGCUCAUCAGCGUCCCCCCACCCCGCAACCCUGCUACUACUACUCACCCCCCCUCCCCUCUACAGGAUAUAAUGCACUGCAUACUACUGGACUGACCAUCACAUGUAGCUUCCGCCACUAGGCUACGAUACCUAGUGUCAUAUAUCCCCCUCCCUUUCUCUGCCGCAUCUAAGAAGCCCUGUGGCGAACUUCUCUUAUUUCGAUUUUAUUUCUGUUGUGUGGCACAAUCCAGCCCUACGGCAGCAUGGGAUAUGCAGACUGACUGACUCGCCCACAUCUCCUCCUCAUCCAUCAUGUUACUUGCCUGUUUUUCUAUUCCAUAUUCUCUUACAACAACCUCUACCAAUGAUGCCCUCCCUGUGUGUAGACAUUUUUUUUACUGUAAUGGCCAUUUUAGGCCAGAGUUUUUAAUUACAUUGUUUUUGAUGGCUUUCUUUUUGUUUGAUCAAGUACAUUUCUUUUUUUGUACCCUCCCUGAAAAUAUGGACUUGCAUUAAGCCAUUUUGGCUGUUUUUGUAUGAAAUAAGUAUACUGAACAUAAAUACAAAUGCAACAUGUAAAGUGUUGGUCCCAAGUUUCAUGAGCUGAAAUAAAAGAUCCCAGA